AGGUACAAGGUGAUGAAGAACUGGGGAGUCCUCGGGGGUGUCGCUGCAGCCCUAGCCGCAGGCAUCUACGUGCUUUGGGGGCCCAUCACGGAGAGGAAGAAGCGCCGCAAAGGGCUUGUACCUGGCCUCCUCAACUUGGGAAACACCUGCUUCAUGAACUCUCUGCUGCAAGGCCUGUCUGCCUGUCCUGCUUUCAUCAAGUGGCUGGAGGAAUUCACUGCCCAGUACCCUGCUGACCAGAGAGAGACCAGCAAGCCCCAGUACUUAUCCUUGACUCUGCUGCGGCUCCUGAAAGCCCUGUCUUGCCAAGAAGUUUCUGGAGGCAGUGAGGAGGAGGAGGAGGUCCUUGAUGCUGGCUGCCUGCUGGAAGUGCUUCGGAUGUACAGAUGGCAGAUCUCCUCCUUUGAAGAGCAGGACGCGCACGAGCUCUUCCACGUCAUCACGUCGUCCUUAGAAGACGAGCGAGAUCGUCAUCCUCGGGUGGCCCAUCUGUUUGACAUGCAUUCUUUGGAGCAACAGCCUGAAGUGACCCACCAGCAAAUAAGUUGCCGCAUUCGAGGGGCGCUGCACCCCAUGUCUAGCACCUGGAAGUCUCAGCACCCUUUCCAUGGGAGACUGACUAGUAACAUGGUUUGCAAACACUGUGAACACCAGAGUCCUGUGAGAUACGAUACCUUUGACAGCCUUUCCUUAAGUAUUCCAGCUGCCACGUGGGGUCGUCCUUUGACUCUGGACCACUGCCUUCAUCAUUUCAUCUCAUCAGAAUCAGUUAGGGAUGUUGUGUGUGACAAUUGCACCAAGAUCGAGGCAGAAGGGACCCUGAAUGGGGAAGUGGUCGAGCACCAGAGAACCACAUUUGUCAAACAGUUGAAGCUUGGCAAGCUUCCUCAGUGUUUGUGCAUCCAUCUGCAAAGACUGAGCUGGUCCAACCAGGGCACGCCUCUGAAACGCCACGAACACGUACAAUUUAAUGAAUUCCUCAUCAUGGACAUCUAUAAGUAUCACCUCCCUGGCUGCAAGCCACGCCAGCAUCACCCCAGACCGAAGGAAAGCGCCGGGCCCGUGCCUGAAGGGAAGGAUGGCAUGUCAGCCCCUGCACCAGCCUCAGUUCAGCCCGGCAGGACCAAAGCACUUUUUGUCAAUGGGGCCUGCUCCUCCCCAACGCUGCUGCCAUCCCCAGGGACUUUCUCCCUUCCAGGUGUUCCUGACUAUAGCUCUUCUGUGUACCUCUUCCGGCUGAUGGCUGUUGUGGUCCAUCAUGGAGACAUGCAUUCUGGACACUUUGUGACUUACCGACGCUCCCCCCCUUCUGCCAAGAACCCUCUCUCUGCCAGCAGCCAGUGGCUGUGGAUCUCGGACGACACUGUGCGGAAGGCAAGCUUGCAGGAGGUUUUAUCUUCGAGUGCUUAUCUGCUCUUUUACGAGCGGGUCCUUUCGAAAGCCCAGCAACACCAAAGCCAGGAGUACAAAUCUGAAGAGUGAAACUACCUGAGAGCUGGGCCUAGGGGAGUGCUCAGAACCGUGCAGAAAAAAAAAUGAAAAACCCUCAAUUUUUCUCUGUAUACCUUAUGAAAAUAGCCCGACUCUAGUCCCUCAACAUUCCGGUGUGGCGGUGACGGCAAGCUCUCUCGGCAGGAGCCGUCAUCUCCGAUCCAUGCCCAAACCAAGCUACCAGAAGCAAGCCUGCCAAUGGUGUGCCCUGUGGAGUGUCACUGGGUUAGAAAGCAUCCAUGAUGUCUACAAAACCCUUUGCCCUGCCCUGACACAGGGGACUGCAGAGCUCCAGACGCCCGAGGCCACUUUUUCCUACUUGGAUGUGUAAAUUGCAAGUUUUAAGGAGAUUCACUUGUUUUAUUCUUUAAAAAUUCCAGUCAGAUUUCUCUUUCUAAAAAAAUCAGGCCUGUAGAAGCUGUGAACGAGAAUUACCCUAGUUAUUAAAGGCAGUGAUUUAAAAGAAAAGAAGUGCCUUCCCCUUGUUUAAAUGAUCACAGUCCAGCCGACUGCUUUUGUAACGGCCCGGCCAAAUAUGUGAUGAGAGACCUUUGGGAACAGCCGACUCCUCUGAUUCUCAGUGGAGGGACAGACGCAGCCCCAUUUUGUAUGUCCUUUUCUAACAGGUCAGGUCUUUCCGUGUGGGAAGAGGACCCGGCCGAGGCUAAGCUGCCAUGAGGGUGCCUUGGGGCGUUUGGGGGUUCUAAGGGUGGUGAGCCCACUCGGCUGGUCAGCUGAGGCUGGGAGACUGGGGCAGGCCUAGCAGGGACCUUAGGAGCUGGAUCACAAGGGGUACGAGUUCAAGCCAGUCUUGGCCUGCUACCAGGCAGGGCUUGUCUCUUUUUUAAAAAGCGGUUCCAGCAGCCAUGUAGAUCAGUGGCCUUUAUCACCCAGUGUGCUCUUUCACCACCCCAAGUCUAAUUCUGGACCCUCCCACACCCCACAGCCCUCUGCACGGUAUUUAUUAGACAGGAUGAAAGACAACACCAAAUUGAAUCAUGUUUUCAUCGCCUCUUUUCAGAGUUGUAAGUCCAGGCACUCUAGGGCUGACAGACUUGUUAGUGUCUAGGGUUGGCCUGUGUGUUUUAGUUAAGGUUUUGAAAAAAUAAAAAGAUAAAGCAAGCAUUAAGUCUGUGCUAAAAUUGCAAACCCUCUAGGGAGGAGAGUUGGACCUGGAUCCCCAAAGCCGGUGGUUCUGUGGCCGGCCCCCCUCUGCCUAUGGGUCUGAGCCAGAAGGUGCAUUUGUGUAAGCAGUUCAGAGGAGGCCUCCUUCCCAGGAUGGGCCCAGCAGUGGCUGCCCUGGAGCUGCCCUGGGCCAGGAGGCCUGCUGGGAAAGGGCCCAAGCUCCCAGGCAGGUCCCAGUCAGGGCAGCUCCGAAACAAAUGGAUCCGCUGUGGCCCAGGCCAGGGAAGCAGCCUGCACUCUGGAGGGAGGACUUGCCAGAAUGCCACAGCUUCCUCUGAGGGGGAACAAGGAGGUUUGCACAACCACCAGCAUCUCUCUACAGGCCAGAAGGGAGGCCGAGGACCUGGCGGAUGAAGGCUGCACCCUGAAGCCAGACUGAUUCUGAGGUGGGGCAGUUCCCUACAGCAGAACCCCGAGUUAAUAAACGAGGAGCUUGGACCCAAACCAGCGGGCGGUGGGGCUGCUCCCAUCCCCCUUUUUGUACCCGCUCUGUGGAUUAUGGCAAUAAAGAAUGAUGUUCUUAGAACAGCUCA